UUGUAAAUAAUUUAAAAUAAUAAAAUUUCGGCACCAUAUUCAAUGAGGGAAAGAAAACAGAUAUGAUGAAGCGAUUCUUCAGACUAAACUUGAAACCCUUAACGCAGAUUCAUUUCUCUGCCGCAUUGCAUUUUCCAUUUCUUGAUUCUUCUCUCUCUUCCGCAAUCAAUCGAGAUAUAAAUACAAGGGUAUCACUCAAAAUCGAAGAUUUACGCAUGUAUUGUACAUCAUUUGCUUCUGUAAUAGACAAUGGAUCAAGAAACUCUUCAAUGUCAGCUACGGCGAACCGUACCCAUUACCCCAAACCCAUGUCUUCAUCUAUCGGAGUUCCUAUCUCGGCACGGGACGUCAGCGUUUCGAGCCUUGCAGGAGUGUAUCAGGGUUCGUCCACUGGGUCUGGCUGCAAUCAGACGAGACCCACAUGAGAUACCCCUUUGCAUUUCAUGCGAUUCGUCGACGCAGACAAGGUUAUACGCUUGUAUCGCUUGCGCUACUGUGAGUUGUUAUACACACGCGCCGUCGCACGCGACGGAUACGGCUGGGCAUGAGAUCUCGGUUGACGUGGAUCGAGCGGAGUUGUUUUGUUGUGUCUGUCGUGAUCAGGUUUAUGAUUGUGAUUUUGAUGCUGCUGUUGUUCUUGCUCAGACAGCUGCGUCUACGCUUGGAGUUGGAGGGGAAUCGGGUAUUACUUUGCCGCUGGUGGAUAACAUUCGGAAGCGACGACGUGUGGAUUAUAGACCGUGGGUGCCUGAUUCUAGAGAAAGGGCUAUUGUUGUUACUAAUGCCCUUCCUUUGAAUCAAAUGACUGGAAAUGUUACUUCAUCUGAGCUUCCUUGGGGAUUGAGAGGUCUUAAUAAUCUAGGGAAUACAUGUUUUAUGAACUCUGUUUUGCAAGCAUUGCUUCAUACACCGCCGUUGAGGAACUACUUUCUCAGUGAUAAGCACAAUAGAUAUCUGUGUCAACAAACUAGAGAUGUCAAGAAGAAUGCCACAACUAAUGCUAAUGCCAAUAAGAAUUCAAAACUAUGUUUGGCAUGUGAUCUUGAUGCAAUUUUUUCGGCUGUGUUUUCUGGAGAUAGGACUCCAUACAGCCCAGCAAAAUUUCUUUACAGUUGGUGGCAGCAUGCAGCAAAUCUUGCAAGUUAUGAACAACAAGAUGCUCAUGAGUUUUUUAUUUCCAUGCUUGAUGGGAUUCAUGAAAAAGUGGAGAAGGAUAAGAAAAGACUGCAGAAUCAAGGUAAUGGAGACUGUUGUAUUGGUCACAAGGUAUUCUCUGGCAUCUUACGAUCGGAUGUAAUGUGUACAUCCUGUGGUUUUACAUCUACAACUUACGAUCCAUGUGUGGACAUUUCACUAGAUUUGGAACCUACUCAUGGAGCAUCUGGAAAAAAGACUAAGUCCAUGAAUAUUGGUCAAAACCAAGGAGUAUCUACAUUGAUAGGGUGUUUGGACCAUUUCACAAGACCAGAGAGAUUGGGUUCUGACCAAAAGUUUUUCUGCCAAAAAUGUAAAGUAAGACAAGAAUCUCUAAAACAAAUGUCCAUUAGAAAGCUUCCUUUAGUUUCUUGUUUUCACAUAAAACGUUUCGAGCAUUCCCAUGUUCGCAACAUGUCGAGGAAAGUAGAUAGGUAUCUGCAGUUCCCAUUUUCACUUGAUAUGGCACCUUACCUGUCUUCAUCAAUCUUGAGGAGUCGGUAUGGAAACAGGAUUUUCUCUUUCGAACAAGACGAUUCUUCUUCUUCUUCUCAGGAGCUAUCGACGGAUUUUGAGCUGUUUGCUGUUGUCACACACACUGGAAAAUUAGAUGCAGGUCACUAUGUCACUUAUUUGAGGCUGAAUAAUCAAUGGUACAAGUGUGAUGAUGCUUGGAUGACUAGAGUGAAUGAGGAUAUUGUAAGGGCUGCCCAAGGCUAUAUGAUCUUUUAUGUGCAGAAGAUGAUGUAUUACAGAGCAAGCGAAAAAACAGUUGGGUAAGAGACUGUUUUGAUAUAUUUAUAAAGUUUAUUUUGCGAUAUUCUAGUCGUUUUGAGAGCAGGCAUUACUGCUGUCUUGGCGCGGUUUUGUAUUUUCGUUUCCAAACUGGGCCGGCUCGAAUUAUUUUUGUUAUAAUUUUUUUUAAACCUUAAAUGUAGAGGAAACUCUCUCUAUAUAUGAUGGAUUGAACACCAUGUUUUUGGGAUGGAGGGAGGAAGGAUUGAUUCCUAUUAGACAACAGAAAAGAAGUUCAAUUUAUAC